UCCUUUGCCCCGCUCCUCUUGCGAUUUAGUCUUCAUUCCAUUUUUCAGUACGUGUUAGUUAACCCGAGGAUGCCUUCCGCGAAUCCGAAGUUGGAAAAACAGGCCUCUACGGAGACCGUAGAACCUAUACGGCAAGCGAUUAUAGUAAUCGAACAUAAGAUACGAAAUCUAGAAAAACGCAAGGGUAAACUAGAGUCAUACAGAGACCUCCAAAAGAAUGGGAAGGAAUUGAAUGCGGAUCAGACCAAGGCUGUAGCCAAAUACGAUGGAGUUUUGCAAACUUUGGAAAUUACUCGCGAAUUGUACAAACAAAUCGUUGGCAUUGCCAAUGAUGCAGUCAAACAACAGAAAAAAUUGGCACGGAAAGAGGCAGUAGAAAGGACGCAACAAGAUAUCGCUAAGGUUAGAGAGGUAUUACUGAUACAAGAUAUUCUGACGAGUAUGAGUACAAGUACUGUACGAGAAGAUUUUCUAUCCGGUGAAAAUGGAGCUAUACAAAUUUCUGAUGAGGACUUGAAAUACAUAGACGAUCUGUAUAAGGAAAUAAUGAUGAAGCAUAAGCGCGAAGAGGGAGAACCAACGAUUGUCCAACAAAUUCAGAAAGUUGCCGAACAUUACGUGGCACUUGUUGAUGGUAAACAAAGAGAAGUUGCUGGGACAACUUAUAAUAAAUUAAAAGAAAUCAUUAGUUCCAUACAUCAGUCUGGUUACUUUGAUCAGACUCAUGCCUCCGAGCCCGUAGUCGAGGAAAACAAUGAAACUAGUACAGAAACACAAGUAACGACAGAUACGUCUGUGCCAGAACACGAAGAGUUUAAUAACAGCGAAAGGCACAUUCCACCUGAAUCUAUAAUGCCAAUUCCUAGCUUUCCAGUUCAGGUAGCUCCACUUCCUGUAGUAUCGGGCACUGCUCCAGUUACCGGCCCAAUGUCAGUUGUACCUCAACCAAUCCCACCACAUCCAACUGCACCUGUUGAACCAUCAUACUAUACAAAUGCAACUGGAUUUGUACCACAACCGCAACCACAACCACCACAACAACAACAACAGCAGCAGCAGCAAUCAACACAGCCACAGCAACAAGCUAGAAUUAAUGAUGUCAUUGGGACACCAAAUUUUUUCUUUUUACAAGAAUCUGAACUUGAUUCGCCAGACGUCACAUCCCAAAACCCUAUCGUAUCACACAUUCCUGCAGUUAAUGCACCUAUACCUUCACAAACAUUUACAAAUCAGAAUUUUACAAACGCAACUGUUGUACCCCAACAGGUAAUAUAUCAGCAUCAACCACCACAAGACAUGUCACACAUUCCUGGAUUUUCAAAUCCUAAUCCACCUCCCCCAAUUCCUAUGCCACCAUCACAUCAACCUAAUAUACAGUACAGUCCUCAACAUCCCGCUGGUUUUCAACAACAAGCUGCAUCUCAGCCUAUUCCAGCACCAGGGGCAAAUUUUGAACAGUCACCUCAACAAGAUGGCCAAGAAAAACAUACAGAAGAAACAAAAGAAGAACAAGAAGAGCCAGUUGCUGUGGAGGUAGAGGUUGCAGAUCAACCAAGCGAAUCUUUUGAUUGGGUUCAAUUAACAGAACCUGUAGACUGGAAUCAAGCAGAAACAGCGCAACAGCCAAUUCCAGAUACACAACAACAACAGCCACAGCAACCACCACAAGCAGCUCAACAAGCAUGGAGUGAUCAACAAAGGAGUGGAUACAGAGGCCGAGGUGGAAGGAGAGGUAAUUCAAACGGGUACAAUGGACGAGGCAGGGGUGGCUAUCAGCAAAAUGGCCGUACAGGACAAGCUUAUUACCGCAAUGACAGUAACUAUCAAAAUGGUUACCAACAACGGUCGUGGGCAAACGAAGGAAAUGGAUAUAAUGGAGGAUUUAAAAGAGGAGGAGGCAGCACAAGAGGUGGUCCUCGAGGUGAACGGGGAAUGGAUAGAGGUGGACGAGGGGGACAGUUUCGAAGUCAAAGAGGAGGAAAUCGCGGCGGUUAUGCACCUCGCGGUAAGCCACAACAGGCACAACAGUAACAACUAAACGAUAGAAUUAAUGCACAGUGAAAUGUUAUAUUAACGCUCUAAGAUCACUAUUCAAUUGUCUAUUUAUGAAAAAACCUAAGUCGGCACAAAUACAUCAUCUUCGACAUACUCGGGGCACAUGAUGUAUACACAAAUAGAUAUCAUCUGCAUAAGUAUAUACAUGUAAUGUAUGCAAAAGUGCGAUCCCUAGAAAGAAGAAACAGAAUCUUUGAUAUUUAAUGUUGCAUUAUACUACGUUUAUCAUGUACAAAGAAAAUGCGCAGUAUGAAUUUUUAUUUAUAGUAAUAUAGUAAGAUAUAGAUGUAAUGGGGAAAAAAGUUAUCAUUGCAUAACUUUAAAGCGCUCUCCUAGUGUCUUAUUAUUUCACAGUAAGUUGUUGUAACACACACAUGCUGGUACUUAUGCAUCUGGCUUAGGAUGUUUCUUAAAUAGGACGAUGAAUAACAUAACUCUGCAUUUUUGAAUUUGGUAUUUAUAAUCAUUGAAAGAAAAAAAUCCCAUAACAUUAACAUUAAUGUAUAGAGAAACAAAAAAUGAAAAUGUAAUAUUGUGAUAUAUAAAAAAAGAAAGAAGAAAUAAGAUGAAGAUCAACCAAAUUCAUUGAAGUAUGAACCUACUAUGCAAGUAUUAUUGUGUUGUAACAAAAGGCAGAUUUCAUAGGACAACAAAUGUUCAACAACAUCAAUAAAAAGUAUAAUAAUAAUUUUAUUAUAAAAAGAAUGACAAGAAAAAAAAAUAUGCGAGAACUCAUUACACGUAUUUCACGGAAACUGAAGGAGAACGUAUUUAAAAAUGUAAUUAUAAGACGAUCGUAAAAGAAUAGGGACGAUCUGCUCGACUAGUUUCUUUGUCUUGCGGCGCAUCGUUCUAGAAGAUUUUUUAAGAUACCAGAAAAAAAGGAUACAGAGAAUGCCUUCUAGUGAUAAACUUCUAGACUUUAUUCCAAUUCCGGUCUACGAAUUUGAAGCAUUUAGAUUAAAUGUUACUGAGAUUUAUAGUCGUAAAAUGUGGAUGAGGAUACGUUAAUUUAUAAAAAUGUUUAAUCAUGGAUGAGUUACGUGAUUCCUCUUCCGAAGAUUCAUAUUGUUCUCCCUUUCUUCUAUUUAUAAAUAUAUAUAUAUUUUUUCUUUUCUUGUUCUUUAUUCCAUUUCAAAAUUUUAUAUGAUCCUCUUUAUUACAAAUUCGACAAUAGUGUUAUUUAAAAGCGCAUAACUAUGCAAUGUCGAUGAUUGAAAAUGUAUGAUUAAUUGAUUUUUUAUUUUGGAAAGUAAAGAAUUAUAUUUUGUAAAAAGAAAUAAAUAUUAAGAGCUCUAAUAUGCAGAGCAAGUUCUUUGCGUGGUAAAUACGCUAUAAAUGUAUAAUUAAUUAUAAAAGGGUGUACUUGUGAAGUACACCUUUAAAAAAAAACACAAAACUGCGUUUUACAUAUUGCUAUGUAUGCGUUAUGAAAAGUACUGUAUUUCGUUUAAUCAUCUCUAAUCGACAGUUAAUUUUUAUUAUCCUAUUAUCAAUACCUGUGUAUCUUCCAAAUAAAGAUCUAAUUCAACCCUGCUAAUUAGCCUAUCUUAUCACGUAGCUUAAAAUGAAGGCAUUUCGUCAUUACAUCUGUUCUUGAAAAAAAAAAAUAUACAAAAUUAAAAACCAAGUAAUAAAGUGUUUAAUUAAUAGCGUAAACGAUAUCAUCAAUCUUGUAUAUCCUAUAGCAAUGUCUUUAUACGUACAAUUGUUCUUUCAAUAUAGUAGUUCAAUACUGUAUAUUAUAUUGUUCUUACAAUUUCAGCGUUUUUUAAUGUUAAUUGCAACACGUUACUAUAUUUUUAAAAUAAAUAUUAAACUAAAU